AUGAAUGAUUCAUUGCAAUUCGAUGAAAAUUUAUCAGAAGAGUCUUUAGACGAGAAUGCUUCAGUCCUGGCAGUGACCAAAUCUUUAAACCUUGCUAAGAACAUGUCCUACUCUCCUUUCCAUUUCAAACUAGAAGAUUGAGAAAGGAGCAAAUCCAAGUCUACUCCUAUUAAACUAGAAGUUGGAAAAAAUUCUAAAGAAGAAAGCAAAAAUAUAGAAGUUCCAACCACGAGACUUCCUUUUGUAAAAUCGAGCAAGAUUAAAUCAUCGUCUUGGUCAAACUCAAAAAGAAAAAUGAAGAAUUUACCUCUUCAAAAAAUGAAACGAAUGUCUAUAGCAAACCACUCUAUUCAGGAUGCUCAUACCAAGCAGAGAGUGAGAGCAGAGCAUCACCCGGAGAGAGAAAUCACUAUGAAAGACUUGAUAGCGCCUAAAAGCUUCUCAGGUUCAUUAUUCUCUUAA